AUGAAUUGGAUAGUUAUCAUCUGUGCUUCGAUGGCACUCUCUGAGUGUGUCAGGAUUCCUAUGAUCAAAGGGAAAACAGUCAGAGAAACGAUGAGAGAGAAAGGGUUGUGGGAAGAGUUCAGGGAGAGAUAUCCACACAAUCCUAUUGCCAAAUUCAGACAUAAUGGCGUAGAGAUGAUGACCAAUGAUGCUGAUCUAUCUUACUAUGGUGUUAUCUCCAUCGGGACUCCACCUCAGAGUUUCAAAGUGAUCUUUGACACUGGCUCCUCCAACCUAUGGGUGCCCUCUGUUUACUGCCCCAGCGAAGCCUGUAAAAAUCAUGUACAAUUUGACCCUCAGCAUUCUGACACCUUCCAGUGGUCCUCUGAAACCGUUUCAAUUCAGUAUGGCACUGGCAGUAUGGAUGGAUAUCUUGGAUAUGACACAGUGAGGGUUGGUGGAAUCUCAGUGUCCAAUCAGAUCUUUGGGCUGAGCACAACCGAGGCUCCUUUCAUGGCCAGUAUGCAGGCUGAUGGCAUCCUGGGCCUGGCCUUCCCUUCCAUCGCAGCCUCUGGGGCCACACCUGUCUUUGACAACAUGAUGAGUCAGAACCUGGUCUCCCAGGACCUCUUCUCUGUCUACCUCAGCAAUGACAACAGGAAAGGCAGUUUUGUACUUUUUGGCGAAAUUGAGAAAUCCUACUACACCGGCAGUUUAACUUGGAUCCCUCUCUCAUCUGAAUCCUACUGGCAGGUUAAUAUGGACAAGGUCACUCUCAAUGGAAAUAUUGUUGGUUGUGCUGGUGGUUGCCAGGCUAUCCUUGACACAGGUACUUCCGUCAUUGUAGGCCCCAGCGCUGAUUUCUAUAACAUUGUCUCCUGGAUUGGUGCCGAUGUGGAUAAAUACGGAGAUGCCAACGUGAACUGCAACAACAUUGACAACAUGCCUUCUGUGACUUUCACCCUCAAUGGGAAUGAAUUCACCAUCCCUGCUUCUGCCUACGUGUCUCAGAGUCAGUAUGGCUGCAUGGCUGGCUUUGGGGACGGCGGCUCUGAAAAGUUGUGGAUCUUGGGUGAUGUUUUCCUCCGGCAGUUCUAUACUGUCUUUGACAGACAGAAAAAUGCAGCAGGUUUGGCCCCUAUAAUUUGA